GGUUUCUUCGAAAGAAACAAAAUGGCGAGUUCCAUCGCUUUCGUCGGUUGCUCCGGUUGAGUGGUUUGUUUUGCAUCGUAAAAGAGCUUGCUGACUCAGCAGAAUCGCCGCUUCAGGAGGUUCGCGUCACCCGAGCAAGCCGGACGAAUCAAGCAUGAAGCGCCGAACGCACAAAACGAAGUCGAAGGACGCCCUCAAACGCAUCGACAAGAUGCAGCUGCGGAUGCCGGGGGGUGCCGGUCCGCCGGACAUACUGGAGGACCUGCCGCUGGCCAUCAGCUCCAAGAUCAGCAUCAGCGACGAGCAGCUGGUCCAGCUCACGGUGCGGGACCUCAACCGGCAGCUCAAGGCCUCGGGCCUCACCCGCUCGGAGAUCGUCAAGAUGAAGCAGCGCAGGAGGACCCUCAAGAACAGGGGAUACGCCGCCAGCUGCCGCAACAAGCGCCUGGAGCAGAAGGACGACCUGGAGGGGGAGCGUGCCGUGGUGGUGCAGGAGAUCUCCCGCCUGCGCACCGAGAACAGGGCUCUGGAGGUGCAGGUGGACGACCUGCGCUCCAAGUACACGACCCUGCUCGACUGCGCCCGCAAGCGGGGCAUCCCGCUGCCGGACGACCUGGGGACCGCCUUCUGAUCGGAUGGCUUCCCCUGGACGUCUCAAGAGGCCAUCAGACUUUGCCCGGCAAUGGGUUGUCCCACCGCGACUGGCUGCAGUCGGCUAUAGAUGGACCGCAGCAAACGCCAUGAAAAACGAGGGCCGUUCCACAGCUGGGACAGUGUCGCCCGAAUUUCCUCGAUAUCCGAGGAGGCCAUUGAACUUUGCCUAACGGUCAGUUGCCCUGCUGCAACUGGCUGCGGUCGGCUAUACUCCAUUCCGUCUAACAAUGGACCGCAGCGGAUGCUAAGAACAACUGGAGCCAAUCCGGAGCCCGGAGAGUGUCACCCGACCUUAUGGUUUAAAGAGGCCCACCGCAGAGCGUAGUCACGCGGUGCGCGUGGAGCGCUGGUUUGGUUAAGAGGACUCUUGGCGUCAGCUGUGGUCCAUUGCAAGAUAAAACGGAGCAUAUGCGGACUGGCUGUACCCGGGCGCAUGGUGUCCUUUUUUCUCACGACAGCAAGAGAUGCUGACUGCAUUAUGCUCCAUUCAGCCCUAAGCCAACAGUGCAUUGGAAGCUACGUGCACGCCGGACCAAUUGGCAGCCUCCUUUUCAUCGCCCGAGCCUGCUCUCUACGUGUGGGGAAGUGCAGGAGCAUGAUCACCUGGCAAGAGAUUGAUGUAUGACUGGUCCAAUGAAUGCGCAGCUUCCACUGCACUGUCGGCUUAGUGGUGAUUGGAGUACAUAGGUGUCACUUCUUGACGGCCUCUUUGACUUCUGAACGGGAGAAGGUUAGCUGCAAAACGGAUGCGGCGACUUUGUUAGCUACACGUGGCCAACCAACAUAAAGCCAGUCGUGCUGGCGAUUCCACGAGCGUGGUGGAGGGAGGCUGUGCCCAUUGUAGGCGUGGUAGGUCUGUUGAACCUCGCGAAGAAGUAGCGGUCAGUGGUCGGUCACCUCAGAGCCUUUGUCGACCAUCAGCUCCAAGACUCGGGAAUCAGUUACAUUUCUGCUUCUACCUUCUCGAGGUUUGUGACGAGCAAAUUAUUCUUGGACGACCCUCGAGGCAAUGCUUCAUAUUUUGCAUAUCUGGUGGCAUGGUUAGGCUGCAUUAACACUCAUAGCGUCUCUCUGUCCACCUUUCAAGACGAGAUUGGUUCUUCCUGCGGAUCCAAACAGUUUGGCUACUUCGACCCAAGUAUAAAGUGGGCAAUCAGCCCAGAGUUCAUUGGGGAUGCUAAUGUGGGCCCCUUGUGUAGGGUGCACAUCGACCCUUUUGGUGCAAUGCUUGGGGACCGUCGCAACUAGCAACGGUUGACCCGCAUUCCCGCUGCUUCGAUUGUGUCGGCCAUGCCGUUUUUGUAUGGCGUGCUCAGGACUGUAUUUAAAGCUUUCAUAUUUUUGUAGAAGCCACAAUAAAUGUUGAGUCUUUGCACCGACACAUUUUUA